CCUAAUCUCCUCCCCAUUUCUCCGGCCCCCAACUUCGGAGUUGGGUUCUUUCUUUUUUUUUUUUAAGAACGAAAAUGGCUUUGAGGGGUCCCAUGGCGGGGUUGAGCUCAUCUCUUCACAGUGAGAGGCUCUUCCUCUCCGGAGAGCCCUUGAGAACCUCUCCUUCGUGCGGCGAAGGGAAAGGAGUUCGUCAGAAGCAAACUCUUAUCGCUGCGAGAAAACUUUGGGGGUUGCAGGAAGCCAUGCGGAUCAAGAGGUCGCGGGAGCUUCGAGAUUCAGCAAAAGUUCGAAAAAGGCCGCCAUUAAGACGUGGAAAAGUCUCCGGACCUCUUCCGGUGCCAGAUCACAUUCUUAAACCUCCUUACGUUGGUACGAACAUUCUACCGGAGAUUUCUAGUGAAUUUCAAGUACAUGAUGACGAGGGCGUCGCUUUCAUGAGAGCUGCCUGCGAGCUAGCCGCACGUGUUUUGGAAUAUGCAGGAACAUUAGUUAAACCAUCCAUAACAACCAAUGAAAUUGAUGAAGCAGUUCAUGAGAUGAUCAUUGGUGCUGGUGCUUAUCCUUCGCCACUUGGGUAUGGUGGAUUCCCAAAGAGUGUUUGCACAUCUGUGAAUGAAUGCAUGUGUCACGGAAUACCUGAUUCUCGCCAGUUACAGGAUGGCGAUAUAAUAAACAUCGAUGUAACUGUCUAUUUGAAUGGCUACCAUGGGGACACUUCAAGAACAUUUUUUUGCGGAAAUGUUGAUGAGCCAACUAAGCAGCUUGUAAAGGUAGCAGAAGAGUGCAUGAUGAGGGCCAUAUCAGUCUGCAAAGAUGGUGCUAGCUUCAAUAACAUUGGCAAGAUAAUUAGCAGUGAGCAUGCUGAAAAAUUUGGCUACAAUGUUGUGGAGCAAUUUGUUGGGCAUGGUGUUGGGAAAAUUUUUCAUUCCGAACCAAUUAUAUUCCAUCACCGUAACAAUAAACCUGGGCGCAUGGUGGGAGGUCAAACAUUUACGAUCGAGCCGAUUUUGACGACGGGAAGCAUCGAAUGCGUCAUGUGGGAUGAUGGUUGGACUGCUCUGACAAAAGAUGGGAGCCCCGCAGCGCAGUUCGAGCAUACAUUACUGAUCACAAAGACGGGAGCGGAGAUUCUGACAAAAUGUUGAUAUCAAAUUAAAUGUAGGUAGUUUAAAGGUUUUAAUGAUGAUUUGAGAUCCUUUGAGGAUAACAGGGAUCGGCAGAAACAAUACCCUGAUCUCUUAUUUGGACAAUUUAUAUGUGCUCUGCAGAAUAAAAUGAAUUUUGUUUCCAAGCAUAGUUAACUUGUGUUUGAGGCACAUUCAACUGUAUAAAAUUAAGGCCUAAUUUGGUAA